UUUGGACCCGCCCACCCCUGUCGUUCUCGAGCUUGGUCUCGUGAUAGCCGUUACACUAGUCAGCUGUUAGCAUCUCUGACUCUUCGCUAAUGAAAGCCAUGUUAGUCAGAUAGCUAACACAGAAUUAUUUAUAUUUGUGAAAUAGCAUUAAAGGCCACUAAAGAUGUUGUCUCGUCUACUGAAGGAGCACCAGGCGAAGCAAAAUGAAAGAAAAGAGCUACAGGAGAGACGCAGACGUGAAGCUAUUGCAGCUGCCACUUGUCUGACAGAAGCUCUGGUUGACCACCUCAAUGUUGGAGUUGCUCAGGCGUACGUAAAUCAGCGUAAACUGGACCAUGAAGUAAAGACUCUCCAAGUGCAAGCGAGCCAAUUCUCCAAACAAACUGCUCAAUGGAUCAGUAUGGUGGAGGGUUUCAAUCAGGCCCUAAAGGCCCCAACUUUAUGGAACAGUAAAUCUAAACUGUAAUCAUACCAGAGAUUUGCAAACGUUUUGAGAGUUUUGGCACUUUCAGCUGUGUCUGAAAUGAGCCAUUUCUCGUCAUCUGUGUUACAUCAGCAAGUCAGCACCUUGUAGAUAGCAAAUUAGCUUGUCAUCUCUAGCCCCAGGCUCAAGGCAUGAAUUGGCCCAAGCCCCCCUGGCUAUUCCAUUGAAGCAACCAUGUAUAGCUCCAAAGUCUGGAUCCACGCUUAUGUAUAUUUCCACUUUUUUGGCAAAGCAUUAUUGCAACAGUAGCAAGUAACUUACUGUUACUUUCCCCAUUUAUAUUGUCACUACAAGUUAUAUGCAGGUACAAGAUAGGCAUGAAAAGAGGAAGUGGAAACUGAAGAACCAUGGGUCAUUGAUAUAAAAUGAGUGCAUCUGGGGGAGCCCAGUUGCAGCUGCAAAUCUUUGGCCUGAAGUACAUCUAAAAUGUGAAUGUUUAGCUGUUGUGAUUUUCAUAUUUUUGAUCUUUGCACAGCACUUAAAAAGUGCUUCAUUUUUAAGUGAAUUGUUAGUUUUAUUAUCAUCACUAAAGCCUCUGAGAGAAAUUUUCUGUUUUGGUGAAUUUGGCGCCCCCCUGUGACCAUAUCAGUUUCUCUUAUCUCAAAUUAAUGCUUUUUGUCACAUCUUUUUUAACCAAAAAUCUCCUGUUUUAUGUUAUAAGUCAAAUUCAUCCCUCAUCAAAUAUCUAUGAAUUGAGACAGGUUUUAAAGAAGUCUGUUUUGGUAGUUUGCUGCAAAGUACUCUAUCCUUUGGUAGUAUAAUCAGUAAUGCUUAUGGUCUCAUUUGCAUGGGAAGCUCAUUUACCCAAAUUUAAUUCAGUUUUUUUCAUAACCAUUCUUAAAAUCCUCUUGGUAGCUUUUAUUAUGUUGGUAGAGAAACAUAAGGCCUCUGUUAUCAUGGAGAGCAACACUUAAAAGCAUUUAACGUUUAAUCAGACUGGAUGCUGUAUGUGUUUAAGACUAAAUGAGUAAGUUGAACUCAAUGUAUGACCCUCUGUCAUCACAUUUACUGUUUUAUUAUAGCCCUAAUAUUAAAAAAAGUGACACGGAAUUUGUCUUGCUGCGCAACUCAUUAACCCUGACCACUAUUUAUCAGAUAGACCUGGAAAGCACAUUAGUUUUAUUAAAGGGCCUUGUCACAGGUCCUGGAUCAGAGCGGAUUUUACAGUGCUAAAAGCAAUUCAUAAAUGAGCUUCCACUUCCACAACCAGCUUGUGUCAUCUUCACAGGGAGAAUCUGCAAGAAAGAAAAACUGGAAAUGCUGACAAACCUACCAGUUGCUGGUUCAGAUGAUAGAUGAGAUUUGGACAUGCACACAGAGGUUGUUUGAUCCUGUUUCUGUUUCUUU